CACGGUGUCCACAGAGGACAGGAAUCUUCCUCUCACAGAGACAAUUUAUUUCCAAGCGUGUCUCACGCUGGAGUUGGUCUACUGUUUGAUGUCUUCUGGUUAAAGGCCUAACUUACACUUUGGGUUUGGAAGAUUGGAAUACGUCAUGAUGGAAGAUGACGGAACACCAAACAGAAAGUCCACAAGGUUUAUUUUCAUUGUCUUCUCUCUGACUAUCAACAAUUGCAUUGGAUUUUCACUGAGGAACUGUCGAAUCAGUUCCGACCGCGCCAUUUGUUUGAGCAACCUUAAUGCUGUCCCUCGUGACGUCCCGCGAUCAAUCAAAGAGUUUGACUUGUCCAGUAACAAAAUAUCCAAAAUACAAUUCAGUGACUUCAGAAAUUACAUGGCCCUGGUAGAGUUAAAGUUAAAUUGUAACAUCAUUUCACAGAUAGAAGAAGGUGCCUUUGCUGACCUGCGCUCGCUCCAGAGGUUGAAUCUGAAUAAUAACCGGCUGGCACGACUGGGAGACGUUUUUGGUGGUUUGGGCAACCUAACUGAGCUGAGAAUCACCAGCAAUAACAUCAAGAGCGUGCUGUCGUCCUCCUUUAAGCCUCUGAGGAGACUGACCUUUCUGGACCUGUCCUACAACAAACUGCAGAAAUUGUUAUAUGUUCAUCAUGCAAUACAACAUCUACCAAAUCUACAGUAUCUGAUCAUCAAAAGUAUCAAUCUAAGUAUUUUUCAGUCUUGGGAACUGACCAACCGCACGGUGGGUCUCCAACACCUUGAUUUAUCCCACAAUUCCAUUGAUGUCUUCAGCAUCACCGCAGAUGUUUUCCAAAACCUAACGUUGCUAAACAUUAGCAGCCCCCCAAGGAAGCACAAGAUGAAAUGGGACAUUCGAGAGCAAACGCUGCUCAGCCGAGUGUCCACCCUCGACAUUGGCGGGACACACUUGGAAAACAUCAGAACAUUUUUUGAGAGCUUCAAUUUUUCACUGACUUCUCUGAUGGUAAAAGCAACGAAACACAACCUUAAAGAGCUGCUCGGCAUCGCCUGUACCAUCCCAACGCUGACGCAGCUCCAAAUCAGACGCAACAAGCUCAAGAUGGUGGAUUCAGGUCUGUUUCAGCCAUGUUCCGGUGUCACAGAGUUGGAUCUCACUGAAAAUGGCAUCCAAGGCACCUCCCAAGACUCCUUCAGAGCCCUUCAAGGGCUGAAGAACUUGAGUUUCAGCCACAAUAAACUCACACUGGUCCCGCCUGCCAUCAGGAAUCUGACCAGGCUUCUGGAACUGGACCUGAGCUCCAACAACAUCACCUCUCUUGGUUGUGAUGACUUUGCAGAGUUGGGCAAACUCACGGUGCUCCGUCUUUGCUGGAAUUUCCUCACAACCAUCAGGCAGUGCGUCUUCAAGAAUCUGACCAACCUUCAGGUCCUCAAUAUGCAGAAGAACCAAAUCACACGACUGGAUUAUGCUUUUAAAAUAUACUUGCCAAACCUCAGACAACUUCGACUGUACGGCAAUCAACUCACCACCAUUGAAGACGGCGAGUUUAAGGGCUUGCGGUCUCUUCAGUACCUGACCCUGCACGGAAAUCAUAUCAACAAGCUGAAAAAUGGUUGUUUCAGAGGACUGACUAUGCUCACAGAUAUCCUGCUGCAAUCCAAUGACAUCGGAGAAAUAACCCAGGAUGUGUUCAAUGAUCUGAUUAAUUUAAGAAGGUUGCGUUUAUUGGAUAAUCACAUCAAAUACAAUUCCAGCGCAGCUUUGCCAAAGCCGCCAUUCGCUCGCCUUUCUCUCUUGGAGAGUCUCAUCAUGUCGGGCCAACACAGCAGGCUCAAGAACUACUUACCACGCAACUUCCUGCAAGGUUUGACCAACCUCUUGGUCUUUAAUACCAGGAACGUCCAGCUCUUGUCCUUGCAUCAAGAUAUGUUCAAGUACACUCCUCUUCUGCAGAGGCUGGACAUCAGCUCAAACGACCUCGGGGAUGUCUCGCCACAUUUGUUUGCCCCCAUCCAGAACCUUCAAAGCCUCUACAUUUCCAGAACAAGUCUUCAGUCGCUAGAUUUUUUAAAGGAGGCCAAUCUUACCAAGCUGGAGUUCCUGCAAGCACGAAAGAACCAAUAUUCAGUCAUCACUAAGGAACAGCUGGAAGACCUUCCUGCUCUGGCUUAUCUGGAUCUUCAAGGCAACAGUUUCACCUGCGACUGCGACAUCAUCUGGUUCAUCCAGUGGGUAAAUGACACCAAAACACAAGUUUAUGACGCCUAUAACUUUGUAUGCAACUACCCCCCGAACCUUAAAGGCUCCAAGCUCCUGGACCUUGACAUCCGAUCCUGCUCCGUGGACAUUGAGUUCCUAUACUUCAUCUCCACCACAUGUGCCAUCCUCUUGUUCAUGCUGACCACCUCCACCUACCAUUUCCUGCGAUGGCAGCUGGCUUACGCCUAUCACCUCUUCCUGGCUUUGCUGUACGAGAGGAAGCACAGGAACACGCAGCCUCAAUGUCUCUACGACGCUUUUGUGUCCUACAACGCCCACGAUGAGGCCUGGGUCUUCAGAGAGCUGCUGCCCAAACUGGAGGGGGAACAGGGCUGGAAGCUGUGUCUGCACCACAGAGACUUCCAGCCAGGGAAGCCCAUCAUUGACAACAUCACAGAGGCCAUCUAUGCCAGCAGGAAGACCAUCUGCGUGAUCAGUCGGAGAUACCUGGAGAGCGAGUGGUGCUCCAGGGAGAUUCAGGUGGCCAGCUUCCGCCUGUUCGACGAGCAUAAGGACGUCUUGAUCCUGGUCUUCCUGGAGGACAUCCCCGUCUGUGAGCUGUCUCCUUACUACCGUAUGAGGAAGCUGCUGAAGAAGUGGUCCUUCCUGAGCUGGCCCCGGGCUGCCCAGUGCACUGACCUGUUCUGGGAGAAGCUCCGCCAGGCUCUGAAGGCCAAAGAAAGUCCAGGUGGGGAGAUGCUACUGCUGACUGUCGACGACGAGUUCAUACAUUUUCGUCUUAUAAAUGACUUGUUGACUAGGCCUAACUUACACUUUUGGUUUGGAAGAUUGGAAUACGUCAUGAUGGAAGAUGACGGAACACCAAACAGAAAGUCCACAAGGUUUAUUUUCAUUGUCUUCUCUCUGACUAUCAGCACUCAAAUUGGAUUUUCACUGAGGAACUGUCGGAUAAGUUCCGACCGCGCCAUUUGUUCGGCCAAUGGGCUCCUGGCUGUUCCUCGUGACAUCCCGCAAUCUGUCACAGAGUUUGACUUGUCCGUGAACAAAAUAUCCAAAAUACGAGUCGGCGACUUCAGAAAUUACACGGCCCUGCUCGAGUUAAACUUUAAACGUAACUCCAUUUCGCAAAUAGAAGAAGGUGCCUUUGCUGACCUGCGCUCACUCCGGAGGUUGAAUCUGAAUAAUAACCGGCUGGCACGACUGGGAGACGUUUUUGGUGGUUUGGGCAACCUAACUGAGCUGAGAAUCACCAGCAAUAACAUCAAGAGCGUGCUGUCGUCCUCCUUUAAGCCUCUGAGGAGACUGACCUUUCUGGACCUGUCCUACAACAAAUUGCAGAAAUUGUUAUAUGUUCAUCAUGCAAUACAACAUCUACCAAAUCUACAGUAUCUGAUCAUCAAAAGUAUCAAUGUAAACAUUUUUCGUUCUUGGGAACUGACCAACCGCACGGUGGGUCUCCAGUACCUCGACUUAUCUCAGAAUUCCAUUGAUGUCUUCAACGUCACCGCAGAUGUUUUCCAAAACCUAACCUGGUUAAACAUUGGUGGCCCCCCAAGGAAGCACAAGAUGAAAUGGGACCUUCAUGAGAAGACGCUGCUCAGCCGAGUGUCCACACUCGAUAUUGGCGGCAUUCACUUGGAAGACCAAAGAGCGUUUUUCGAGAGCUUCAACUUUUCAUUGACUUCUGUGAGGAUGAACGCGAUGAAACACAACCUUAAAGAGCUGCUCGGCAUCACCUGUACCAUCCCAACGCUGACGCAGCUCCAAGUCAGACGCAACAAGCUCAAGCUGGUGGAUUCAGGUCUGUUUCAGCCGUGCUCCAAUGUCACAGAGUUGGAUCUGGCCGAAAAUCGCAUUCAAAGCAUCUCCCACGACUCCUUCAGAGCCCUUCAAGGUCUGAAGAGCUUAAGUUUCAGCCGCAAUAAACUCACACUGGUCCCGCCUGCCAUCAGGAAUCUGACCAGGCUUCUGGAACUGGACCUGAGCUCCAACAACAUCACCUCUCUUGGUUGUCACGACUUUGCCGAGUUGGGUCACCUCAGGGUUCUCAGUCUAUACCAGAACUUCAUCAGGACAGUAAAGCAGUGCGUCUUCCAGGAUCUAAGGAACCUUCAGGUCCUGAAGUUGCAGACGAACCAAAUCACGAGACUGAAUGAUGCUUUUAAAAGAUACUUGCCAAAUCUCAGACAACUGCGACUGGACAGGAAUCAACUCACCACCAUUGAAGACGGAGAGUUCGAAGGCUUGCGGUCUCUUCAGUACCUGACCCUGCACGGGACUCUUAUCAGCAAGUUAAAAAAAGGCUGCUUCAGGGGACUGACGAUGCUCACAGAUAUCCUGCUGCAAUCCAAUAACAUCCGAGAGAGCGAAAUAACCCAGGAUGUGUUCAAUGAUCUGAUUAAUUUAAGAAGGUUGAAUAUAUUGGAUAAUCACAUCAAAUACAAUUCGAGUGCAGCUUUGCCAAAGCCGCCAUUCGCUCGCCUUUCUCUCCUGGAGAGUCUCAUCAUGUCGGGCCAACACAGCAAGGCCAAGCACUACUUGCCUCGCAACUUCCUGCAAGGUUUGACCAACCUCUUAGUCUUUGAUACCAGGAACGUCCAGCUCUGGACCUUGCAUCAAGAUAUGUUCAAGUACACUCCUCUUCUGCAGAAGCUGGACAUCAGCUCAAACGACCUCGGGGAUGUCUCGCCACAUUUGUUUGCCCCCAUCCAGAACCUUCAAAGCCUCUACAUUUCCAGAACAAGUUUUCAGUCGCUAGAUUUUUUAAAGGAGGCCAAUCUUACCAAGCUGGAGUUCCUGCAAGCACGAAAGAACCAAUAUUCAGUCAUCACUAAGGAACAGCUGGAAGACCUUCCUGCUCUGGCUUAUCUGGAUCUUCAAGGCAACAGUUUCACCUGCGACUGCGACAACGCUUGGUUCAUCCAGUGGGUAAACGACACCAAAACGCAAGUUUAUGACGCCGAUAACUUUGUAUGCAACUACCCCCCGAACCUUAAAGGCUCCAAGCUCCUGGACCUUGACAUCCGAUCCUGCUCCGUGGACAUUGAGUUCCUUUACUUCAUCUCCACCACAUGUGCCAUCCUCUUGUUCAUGCUGACCACCUCCACCUACCAUUUCCUGCGAUGGCAGCUGGCUUACGCCUAUCACCUCUUCCUGGCUUUGCUGUACGAGAGGAAGCACGGGAACACGCAGCCUCAGUGUCUCUACGACGCUUUUGUGUCCUACAACGCCCACGAUGAGGCCUGGGUCUUCAGAGAGCUGCUGCCCAAACUGGAGGGGGAACAGGGCUGGAAGCUGUGUCUGCACCACAGAGACUUCCAGCCAGGGAAGCCCAUCAUUGACAACAUCACUGAGGCCAUCUAUGCCAGCAGGAAGACCAUCUGUGUGAUCAGUCGGAGAUACCUGGAGAGCGAGUGGUGCUCCAGGGAGAUUCAGGUGGCCAGCUUCCGCCUGUUCGACGAGCAUAAGGACGUCCUAAUCCUGGUCUUCCUGGAGGACAUCCCCGUCUAUGAGCUGUCUCCUUACUACCGCAUGAGGAAGCUGCUGAAGAAGCGGUCCUUCCUGAGCUGGCCCCGGGCCGCCCAGUGCACUGACCUGUUCUGGGAGAAGCUACGCCAGGCUCUGAAGGCGCAACAAGAUCCGGGUGGGGAAAUGCUGCUGCUGACUGUAGACGACAGAGCGCCAUGAUGAUGAUGAUGAUGAUGAUGAUGAUGAUGAUGAUGACAGUGAUGGAGGUGAUGGCCUAUAGGGGGCGCCACUCAUCAUGAUAACUAAAUAAUAAAUAAAUACCAUCCAUUCAAACAGACAGGGGUGGUGUGAAAAUGUGUUUAAUAAAUUAACAGGCAAUAGCUUUUUCAACAUUUGAGAACUCCAGUGAAUAGGAAGAUGUGAGGACGUUACAAAGUAUUCCAAAUACUACACUUUGCUGUUUAUAAAACAGAGCUUAUUUGACUGUGCUUCUGUGCUACAGGAAGUGGUUGUAACUAGAGAUUGUGUUCAUGCUGCAGCGGCGGUCAUAUUGGCCUGUUUUGGGCCUCUGUGCUCUUCCUCCUGCGCUCACUGCCAGGAAAAGA